GGAGCGGCGGCUGGUUGCGGCCGCCGCACGACAACCGCACCAUGGUGGAGAUCAUCGCCGACCACCCGGCCGAACUCGUACGCACGGACAGCCCCAACUUCCUGUGCUCCGUACUGCCCUCGCACUGGCGCUGCAACAAGACCCUGCCUGUGGCCUUCAAGGUGGUAGCCCUCGGAGAGGUACCAGAUGGGACUGUGGUUACUGUCAUGGCGGGUAAUGAUGAAAAUUAUUCUGCUGAGCUCCGAAAUGCCUCUGCUGUUAUGAAAAACCAAGUAGCAAGGUUCAACGAUUUGAGAUUUGUGGGCCGGAGUGGACGAGGCAAGAGUUUCACCUUGACCAUAACUGUCUUCACAAAUCCUCCCCAAGUAGCCACCUAUCACAGAGCUAUUAAAGUUACAGUGGAUGGACCCCGGGAACCCAGAAGGCACAGACAGAAGCUUGAUGACUCUAAACCUAGUUUGUUCUCUGACCGCCUCAGUGAUUUAGGGCGCAUUCCUCAUCCCAGUAUGAGAGUAGGUGUCCCGCCUCAGAACCCACGGCCCUCCCUGAACUCUGCACCAAGUCCUUUUAAUCCACAAGGACAGAGUCAGAUUACAGACCCCAGGCAGGCACAGUCUUCUCCGCCGUGGUCCUAUGACCAGUCUUACCCCUCCUACCUGAGCCAGAUGACAUCCCCGUCCAUUCACUCCACCACUCCACUGUCUUCCACACGGGGCACAGGGCUUCCUGCCAUCACCGACGUGCCCAGGCGCAUUUCAGAUGAUGACACUGCCACCUCUGACUUCUGCCUCUGGCCUUCCACUCUCAGUAAGAAGAGCCAGGCAGGUGCUUCAGAACUGGGCCCUUUUUCAGACCCCAGGCAAUUCCCAAGCAUUUCAUCCCUCACUGAGAGCCGCUUCUCCAACCCACGAAUGCACUAUCCAGCCACCUUUACUUACACCCCGCCAGUCACCUCAGGCAUGUCCCUCGGUAUGUCCGCCACCACCCACUACCAUACCUACCUGCCACCACCCUACCCCGGCUCUUCCCAAAGCCAGAGUGGACCCUUCCAGACCAGCAGCACUCCAUAUCUCUACUAUGGCACUUCGUCAGGAUCUUAUCAGUUCCCCAUGGUGCCGGGAGGAGACCGGUCUCCUUCCAGAAUGCUUCCGCCAUGCACCACCACCUCGAAUGGCAGCACGCUAUUAAAUCCAAAUUUGCCCAACCAGAAUGAUGGUGUUGACGCUGAUGGAAGCCACAGCAGUUCCCCAACUGUUCUGAAUUCUAGUGGCAGAAUGGAUGAAUCUGUUUGGCGACCAUAUUGAAAUUUCUCAGCAGUGGCCCAGCGGUAUCUGGGGGCUACAUCCCACAUGUGUCAAUAUAUACAUAUAUAGAGAGAGUGCAUAUAUAUGUAUAUUGAUUAGCUAUCUACAAAGUGCCUACUUUUUAGAUUUUUCAUUCACUCUGUCAUGAUCUUGCAACCGUAAGAGGGUAGAUAUUGAGAAGCAGAAGGCCCAAGAGAGACAAUCAUAAUCAGGUUUCAGAUUGUUUACUAUUUAAGAUGUACUGUUACAAGGGAAAAGGUAUUUUUGUUGUUGUUGUUUGGUUAUUAUCAUAAAUAACCUGUUCUUAUGCCAAUUCAGAGAGGUGGACUCCAGGUUCAGGAGGAAGAAGAGCAAAGCCACUUCCUCUCUGUGCUUUGAAACCACACACCCUCAUGGUUGCAGCUGUGUAUGGACCGGUGCACUCUGCAGACCAGCUUACAAAGCCAGUCAUGGUGCACAUAAAGGGACAAGCAGUAGAAUGGAUGCUUCCAUUAUGGUAUGAUCCAUUCAGGAUAACUGUUCCAAACUUUGCUUUCAGACUUGCUGCAGGUACUCAUUUGAACUCAUUGGUUCAGUUUUGUUUUUUUUUUUCCUACUCUAAAAAGUGAUUUCAAAAAUACUGAUCAGGAUACAUAAUUUUAUUUUACUUUUUUAUACUUUUCCCCCCUUUUCCCAUUUAACCAAAAAGAAAUCCCAUUCCUAAAACUCCCCUUUUCCUUUUAUGCAAAACUGAAAAUGGCAAUACCUUAUUAUAGCCAUAAUGGUAUAGAUAGUGUUUGUGUUUGGCUGUGUGUUAUUUGUUUUCUUUUUUUUUUUUAAAUUAUGAAUAUGUGUAAAAUCUGAGGUAACUUGCUAACGUGAAUGGUCAUAUAACUUUAAAGAUAUAUUUAUAAUUAUUUAAUGACAUUUGGACCCUUGAAACAUUUCUUAGUGUAUUGAUAUGUUGACUUCGGUCUCUAAAAGUUCUCUUUAUUAAAUAACAAAUUUCUUUAGUGGGCUAGAGCCAUAUCUGAAAUAUUGCUAAGCAAUUUCAGUUCAUCCAGGCACAAUGUGAUUUUUAAAAAUACUUCCAUCUCCAAAUAUUUUAGAUGUAGCUUGUUUUUGUGAUGUAUGAAGGAAAUGUUAUGUUUAGUUCUUUCAAAUCUUUGCCUCUUAACACAGCUUUGCCUUGUAAAGCAAUAAUUAGGGAUUUAAAAAACAACUUUAAGCCCUUUAUCACUUCUGUUGCCCUUUAUCAGCAUGAAAUGCUGGAGGGAUGUAGUUUCCUAAUUUCUUUUGGAUAAUUAUGACUCUUGUCAUAUUAAAAAGACAAGCACAAAUGAAUCAUUGAACUGCAGAAGAAUGUUCUGUGGAUUCAGAGUUAAGCAAAACUUUAAAUCGCCAGGCUUCUUAGUGAAGACACAGUCAGCUUAAAGCCACACAUGUGGAUAAAGGAUCAAUCACGAUGCAUAUAGUACAGGAAAGCAAAAUUGCACCAGGGACUCUUAAACAACCAGCCUUACCAAACAGUAAAUCAGGGGAACCAAAAUCUGCCUUACCCACGGCCCCACUGGCAGCUUGGCACAGAAUUCGCAUUUAAAGGAGCAGAAUGAAGUCAUUGUCCUAUGGGAGCUGGUCAUCUGAAGUAGCAGCCAGGUUCCAGGAGGUAGCUGAUCUGAGAGGAUAUACAGCCUGUGGGGACCUACAUGCAGCCUUUGACAUUUGUAUUUCUUACGAUAGAGAGCCAAGGGAGGGCAUGGUAUGUGCAGUUUGGUGUCUACUACUGUGUAUGAAUUUGAGCUAGAGCCCUCCUGUAGGAUGCACUUUGACCACUCCUGGCAGCCAUAUGGCAAGUUCCCAAGUGCAAAUCCUUAAUACAGGCCAGGCACAUUUAAUGACACCAACCAGGCAAAUCCCUGCUCUCUUCCCCCACAGGUCAGGGCUCCCUCUUUUGAAUCUUGUGCCCUCCUAAGUAGAACUUUGCAGAGGCCCCCUUGCUCUCUGGUCAUUCUCAAGCCCACUUUUGUAGGCUGCCAAGCAUUGCAGGAAGCUUAUGAGGUAGUUGGACCUGUGCUUCUUGCUUGGGAGUGUCCCUUGGAAUUCAUCCUGAUUCCUAAUAAAAACUGAGGGGAAAACAAAAGAAAACACUUUGCCUUCUAAAGGUUGUAUACCAAGUAUGCUUAGAUAAAUAAGCCACUUUUCUUUUACUUAAGAUGGAAGUAGUAAUUGAUACUAUUUAUUGUUUGUGUGUGGUAGCUUGAAGCAUGCCACUGUCCAUUUAUUUGUAAGUGUAAAAUAUGUGUGUUUGUUUCAGCAGCACUUAAAAAAGCCAGUGUCUGGUUACACAUUUCAAUUUUAAUUAAUUGACAUAAAAAUGUUACUGCCGGUGCCAGCUACACCCUAUUUAAUAAAAAAUGGUACUAUAUUUGUACAUUAUUUUUUAAUGUUAAAAGGGCUUUUUUAAGUUUACAGUACACAUACUAAGUGACUUUAGGGAUGCUUUUGUGUUGAAAUGUUAUAGUGGCUGCAGGCAGCAACCCAGAAACACUUUAAAAGUUUUUUUCCUUGGGAAAAAAUUCAAGCACUUCUUCGCUCCACCCUCACUCCAACCCACCCCAAUGGGGUAAUUCACAUUUGUUAGAAUGAAUACUGUCCUUUCUUGUGGCCUAGGGGUUAAAUAUUUCUUUUAAAAAAAUUUUUCCCCACUGCACCCUUAAUUUGCACUGGGUCACGUAUAUGAUUUGUAAUUUCAAGACCAGAGCAAAGUCAUACUACUACUAUGGAACCACGUACUAGUCAACACUCUAUUACCUUGGGGUUAAAUAGUGUGGUUCUUUAUGUAGCACAAACUUGCUGGAAUUUACAGCGUGAGCAACGCAGCCACAUUUUUAUCCAUUUCAACUGUCUCACACAUUUUAACCUAUGUCCAGAACAGGUACCUCACCUUCGGUUUUAGAUUAGUGGAAUGCCAUUCAACCUGGAACUCAACAGAUUUACUAUUGUUUGCUCUUUAGACUGUCUCCCCUCCCACCCCCACCCCAGGGCCCUUUAAAAUUGAGCAGAGCAGUCCACUCCACCCUAUUAGGGACUAUCCAUCGUAAAUUCAACAGGGAGGAGAUGUGUAUGCUGGCUAACGGGCUCCCUCCACUCCGAGGAAAGGGACUGACCCAGAAUCUAGUUUAGUACAUGGAAACACAAAGCAUUAGCAAAAGUGAUAAUAAUACCUACCGUAUUUGAAAGAACAAUAAUAAAUCAAAUAAAAGACGACUCUUCUAAACCUUGAAUCUGUUGUUCUUAAAAAGAUAAUGCAUUUAAAAAUAUUUUCUUUGUGAGCAUUUUUUAGAUGUCUGUUUACUUCAUGUUUACAAAUAAUUGUUUGCUUUUUAAUGCAGUACUUUGAAAUAUAUCAGCCAGAACCAUAACUUACAAUAAUUUCUUAGGUAUUCUGAAUAAAAUUCCAUUUUUUGGAUAUGCUUUACCAUUCUUAGAUUUCUGUGGAACAAAAAUAUUUGUAGCAUUUUGUGUAAAUACAAGCUUUCAUUUUUAUUUUUUCCAGUUGCUAUUGCCCAAGAUUUGCUUUCCAUACACAUAUUGUACAAAUUCUGCUUUGUGCCACAGGUCAUGAUUGUGGAUGAGUUUACUCUUAACUUCAAAGGGACUAUUUGUAUUGUAUGUUGCAACUGUAAAUUGAAUUAUUUGGCAUUUUUCUCAUGAUUGUAAUAUUAAUUUGAAGUUUGAAUUUAAUUUUCAA